ACAGAACUGAUGCAGUGAACACCAGCCUGUAAACUCUGUGUUUAUAAACACUUCAGAAUCAUGGCUGAACAGAAGCGCACACGACUGAUAUGCAUGCUCGGUCUAACUUUCGGCUUUUUUGUUGUCGAGGUGGUAGUGAGCAGAGUGACAGCGUCUCUGGCGAUGCUGUCCGAUUCCUUCCACAUGCUGUCGGAUGUUUUGGCGCUGCUCGUGGCCCUGGUCGCGGUGCGCUUUGCGGAUCAGACCUCCGCCAGCAGCCAGAACACAUUCGGCUGGAUCCGCGCAGAGGUGCUGGGCGCUCUGGUUAACGCCGUGUUCCUCACCGCUCUCUGUUUCAGUAUUUUACUGGAAGCAGUGGAGCGCUACACGGAUCCGCGUGAGAUAGAAAACCCUCGGGUUGUGGUGUGGGUCGGACUGGGUGGACUCGCUGUGAACGUGUUGGGACUUCUGCUGUUCCGUGGGUACGCCGGACACGGACACGGACACUCUCACGGCACAAAUCACAGGACGUGUGAGAAACCAGAGACCUUACCGAGCAAAGAGGAGGUGUGUCAUCUGCUGGUGAAAAGCAACCGUGAUCAAGGCUCUCACAUUGUAUCAAGACAAAACCUUAAUGUUCCACUAAAUGCCAACAUCUCACUGGAGGAGCUGGAGAACAGUUCGAAUUCAGCCUCCCAACUGAACAUGCGUGGCGUCUUUCUACAUUUAUUGGGUGAUGCCCUUGGCUCUGUCAUUGUGGUGGUCAAUGCUCUCAUCUUUACAUAUGUAUGGAGGCCGUGUGAUGGUGAAAAGGUGUGUAUUAAUCCAUGUUACAGCAGCCACUGCUCAGACCACCAACCCAUUAACCCAGCUCUGGUUGGCUUGUCCAAGCAGCCCAGCAAUAGCACCGGUGUCUAUGUAACUGGGCCCUGCUGGGUUCUUUACCUGGAUCCCACACUCUGUCUGAUCAUGGUGGCCAUUCUGCUCUACACUUCUUUCCCACUGCUGAAGGAGUCGAUCCUAAUUCUUCUGCAGUCUGUGCCCAAACACAUUGACAUGGAGAGACUGGAUAAGAAGUUAAGGAGUCUGGAGGGGGUACUGGCUGUCCACGAACUGCACAUCUGGCAGCUGUCCGGAAGCCGGAUCAUUGCUACUGUUCAUAUUAAGUGCCAUAACCCAGUUUUCUACAUGGACAUUGCUAAACGCAUCAAAAGCUUCUUCCACGAUGAAGGCAUUCAUGCAACUACAAUUCAACCAGAGUUCUUGUCUGAUGGCAAAGGUCAGAGUGUCUUGGAGUGUGAACUGUCCUGUAACAAAAAGUGUAACUUAAAACUCUGCUGUGACUCGAGCUGGAAAUCAGGAUACAAAUCAGACACUUUAGUCCAAACAGAGGAUCCGUGCUGUCAAAACACUCUUCAGCGGCAAACUGCAAGCUGGAAUCUUAAACAGGAGCUAAAGAUUGUUCGACGAACAGAUAUGGAAUCUUCAGUCUAGGUUUGAUUUCAAAUAUAAGAGCAAA